GGAAGGUGGUUGGCGGUCCCUCUACCACCUCCGCCGCUGCCUCCUCCGCUUGUGCUGUCACUGCGGGCGCCCGGCCGCUCGGCCGCUCGGGCAUGAGACCGUGAGGCGGGCAACGGGUCGGGGCCGCCGACAUGUUUGGCCGCUCGCGGAGCUGGGUGGGCGGGGGCCAUGGCAAGUCUUCCCGCAACAUCCACUCCUUGGACCACCUCAAGUAUUUGUAUCAUGUCUUGACCAAAAACACCACAGUCACAGAACAGAACCGGAACCUACUAGUGGAGACCAUCCGUUCCAUCACUGAGAUCCUGAUCUGGGGAGAUCAAAAUGACAGCUCUGUAUUUGACUUCUUCCUGGAGAAGAACAUGUUUGUUUUCUUCCUGAACAUCCUGCGGCAGAAGUCAGGCCGCUAUGUGUGCGUUCAGCUGCUGCAGACCCUGAACAUCCUCUUCGAGAAUAUCAGUCACGAGACCUCCCUGUAUUAUUUGCUCUCUAAUAACUAUGUAAAUUCUAUCAUUGUCCAUAAGUUUGAUUUUUCUGAUGAAGAGAUUAUGGCAUAUUAUAUAUCAUUCCUGAAAACACUUUCGUUAAAACUCAACAACCACACCGUCCAUUUCUUUUACAAUGAGCACACCAAUGACUUUGCCCUGUACACAGAAGCCAUCAAGUUUUUCAAUCAUCCUGAAAGCAUGGUUCGAAUUGCUGUAAGAACCAUAACUUUGAAUGUCUACAAAGUGUCAUUGGAUAACCAGGCCAUGCUGCACUAUAUCCGAGAUAAAACUGCUGUUCCUUACUUCUCCAAUUUGGUCUGGUUCAUUGGGAGCCACGUGAUCGAACUUGAUAACUGUGUGCAGACCGAUGAGGAACACCGGAACCGGGGGAAGCUGAGUGACCUGGUGGCUGAGCACCUGGACCACCUGCACUAUCUCAACGACAUCCUGAUCAUCAACUGCGAGUUCCUCAAUGACGUGCUCACGGACCAUCUGCUGAACAGGCUCUUCCUGCCCCUCUACGUGUACUCGCUGGAGAACCAGGACACGGGAGGAGAACGCCCGAAGAUCAGCCUGCCGGUUUCUCUCUAUCUCCUGUCGCAGGUCUUCCUAAUUAUACAUCACGCACCCCUGGUGAACUCAUUAGCUGACGUCAUUCUGAAUGGUGAUCUGUCUGAGAUGUACGCUAAGACCGAACAGGAUGUUCAGAGAAGUUGUGCCAAGCCCAGCAUUCGGUGCUUCAUUAAGCCCACCGAGACGCUUGAGCGCUCCCUUGAGAUGAACAAACACAAGGGCAAGAGGCGGGUGCAGAAGAGACCCAACUACAAAAACGUUGGGGAGGAAGACGAGGAGGAGAAGGGGCCCGCCGAGGAUGCCCAGGAAGACGCUGAGAAGACUAAAGGUACUGAGGGUGGUUCGAAAGGCAUCAGGACGAGUGGGGAGAGUGAAGAGAUAGAGAUGGUGAUCAUGGAACGUGGCAAGCUCCCAGAGUUGGCGGCCGGCACCUCCGUGCAGGAACAGAACACCACGGACGAGGAAAAGAGCGCCGCCGCCACGGGCUUGGAGAGCGCGCAGUGGAGCAGACCCUUCCUAGAUAUGGUGUACCACGCCCUGGACAGCCCGGAUGACGACUACCAUGCCCUGUUUGUUCUCUGCCUGCUCUACGCCAUGUCUCAUAACAAAGGCAUGGAUCCUGAAAAACUCGAGCAAAUCCAGCUCCCGGUGCCCGGUGCAGCUGAGAAGACCACCUACAACCAUCUCCUGGCCGAGAGACUCAUCAGGAUCAUGAACAACGCGGCCCAGCCAGAUGGGAAGAUCCGCUUGGCGACGCUGGAGCUGAGCUGCCUGCUCCUAAAGCAGCAAGUGGUGACCAGCACGGGCUGCAUCAUAAAGGACGUGCACCUGGCCUGCCUAGAGGGUGCCCGAGAAGAAAGCGUUCACCUAGUUCGGCAUUUUUAUAAGGGAGAAGAAAUUUUCUUGGACAUGUUUGAAGAUGAGUACAGGAGCAUGACAAUGAAGCCCAUGAACGUGGAGUAUCUCAUGAUGGACGCCUCCAUCCUCCUGCCCCCCACGGGCACGCCACUGACUGGCAUCGACUUUGUGAAGCGGCUGCCGUGUGGCGACGUGGAGAAGACCCGGCGGGCCAUUCGGGUGUUCUUCAUGCUCCGCUCCCUGUCGCUGCAGCUGCGAGGGGAGCCCGAGACCCAGUUGCCCCUGACGCGGGAGGAGGACCUGAUCAAAACGGAUGACGUGCUAGAUCUGAACAACAGCGACCUGAUUGCGUGCACAGUGAUCACCAAGGACGGCGGCAUGGUCCAGCGCUUCCUGGCUGUCGAUAUUUACCAGAUGAGCCUGGUAGAACCCGACGUGUCUAGGCUCGGCUGGGGAGUGGUCAAGUUCGCCGGCCUCCUGCAGGACAUGCAGGUGACAGGCGUGGAGGAUGACAGCCGUGCCUUGAACAUCACCAUCCACAAGCCUGCAUCCAGCCCCCACUCCAAGCCCUUCCCGAUCCUCCAGGCCACCUUCGUGUUCUCGGACCACAUCCGCUGCAUCAUCGCUAAGCAGCGCCUGGCCAAGGGUCGCAUCCAGGCAAGGCGCAUGAAGAUGCAGAGGAUAGCCGCCCUCCUGGACCUCCCGAUCCAGCCGACGACCGAAGUCCUGGGGUUUAGACUUGGCUCCUCCUCUUCCACCCAGCACCUGCCUUUCCGUUUCUACGACCAGUGCCGCCGGGGCAGCAGCGACCCCACGGUGCAGCGCUCUGUGUUCGCGUCGGUGGACAAGGUGCCAGGCUUUGCCGUGGCCCAGUGCAUAAACCAGCACAGCUCGCCGUCCCUGUCCUCAACAUCCGCCAGCGGGAGCCCCAGCGGCAGUGGGAGUGCCAGCCACUGUGACUCUGGGGGCACCAGCUCCUCGUCUACCCCUUCCGCCACCCAGAGCCCGUCAGAUGACCCCAUAACUAUGGAACAGCCUCAGCCUCAUCUUCCCAGCCAGUUGGUGAUCGUCAACGAAACGGAAGCAGAGGCCAGGCCCAGCAAGAGCCUGGCAAGGAGCGCAGACGUGGAGACAGUCAGCCUGUCCCCCAGCCUCAUCCCCACCCAGCAGCCCACCAUCUCCUUGCUCUGUGAGGACACUGCCGACACGCUGAGCGUGGAGUCGCUGACCCUCGUCCCUCCCGUCGACCCCCACAGCCUCCGCACCCUCACCGGCAUCCCCGCGCCGCCCGCACCCGCCGCGGUGGGCACAGCAACGCCCGGUGAGGAGGCCGCACCCCCGGAGCCAGAGGGCCCCGCCGAGCACUGAGUGGGCGCCGAGCGGCCUCCCUUUGUGUGUGUGGCCCCACUGGCAGGGACCCAGGAUAGCCGACUCAGAGACACAUCGGGAGCACCCAGGGUCCCCGUGGCCCCAGGAACCACCCCUGCCAUCUUCUCACCCCCCUUCGCUCCGUUUGAAUUCCCGUUUCACUGUACAUGUCUUGGAGAGCAGGCUGGACCCAGUGGAGACACCGCAGUGAGCCCCGAUGACCAGGCGGCUGCUUCGGGGCAGAGAUCGGCCUCCUGGUCUCUGAGCCUGGUGACCCUGGGGUGGCAGGACCCCCGCCCCCCCUCCACCAGCCAGCCGCUCCACAGUCUAGAAGCUCCCCAGCCGCCACGCCCAGUGCGCCUAGAACAAAUGGACCAAUUCACACUGGGUAGAAACAAACUUCGAUAAGCAUCUCCUUUGGAUAUUUAUUUCCACUUUUGGCAGCAGACAAAAAGCAUUUAUUUAAAAAGCGUCUGUUUAAAAAAAAGGAAAAAGACCAAAAAAAGAAUCCUCAGCCCUUAAGGUUUGACGUCAUGUUAAAAGCAUAAUAGUACUGUUAAGAUUUCAUUUUCAUUUUCCCUUGAACGUCCCAGUGUUGUGUCCGAAGCUCCCAGUCUGGCUUUCCCCGUUUCCUGACUCCUCUCCCACUCACUAACCCUGCGAGCCUGUGGAAUGAUAAGUACCUUCCUGGAAAGUUUAGCUUAUUUUUUAAACAAAGAUAAGGGAGAUACAUGUAUUCUCAGGUACACACAGAGCGGAGAGGGCCAAAAGUUUCUCUGUGGCAGUAGCCAAGGCGCCUUGCGUUUCCCGAAAGAUCUUCCCAGGAGAGGGGCCAUGGCAGCCAGCUCCCCCACUCAGGACCCAUCCUUCAUCUCUCUGGACUGAAACCAGUCAGGAUGGCUUCCCAGCGUCACCUGCGGUUCUCGCCACCUCCCUUUGUCUGGAGAGAGUCAUCUGGGACCGCACAGACUCUGGCUCGUGGCCACGGUGGAAAGAGGAGGUCACAGAGGCCAUCCUCCGCAUGGCUGGGGCAACACCCAAGGGCCAGGUCCCACCCGCCGCAGGGACACGUCCCGUCUCGACCAGUUGUCCUGGGAGCUCAGGUGUGGUGCUGUCCCUCUCGGCUGCCAUUGCAGAGACACAAGCUGAUUUUAAAAAAUGAAAACUCCACUGUUGCUUCUCCCUUUGGGCCAGAUGUGCCCAGGCCGAUUCUCCCAACGUAGCACAUCAAGCACCCGCACCGUUCCUGUCUGCUUCGCCAGGCAAGGUGACCAUCGCCUCUCCUGGGUCAGCGGCCAGACCUUCCACACCUUCCUCUCCUGUGCCCGCCCAGAGUGCCAGCACACGGGCCCGAAGACCGUCUGCCUGGUCAAGGACCGCGGGCCUCAUACCCUCUGUCACCCUGCUGCGGUCACAGAGCCCGCCGAGGAGGGCCUUGGUGCCCGUGGGGACAGGGCUGUCCAUCAUCAGAGGCCCUGGCGUAGACGUGCUUCCCCACUUCAACAGGGGAGAGCCCCAGGCCAGAGAAGGAGGCCUUGCAUGCAGAAAUUCCAGGGAUGAGCCGUGACCAUCCACAGAGCCCCCCCAGGAAGGAAAGGCAGGUGGGAUGGGAGAAGGGGUCAGGCGGUCCCUGACAGGAACCGGCAUGACAUCAGCCAUAGGGGCCAGCAGCUGGCCACACGUCUUACCUGAUCUUUGGCUUGGACAGAAGAGCAGGCUGGCUCUCUGGCUUUGCAGGGGACUCUGGGGCAGCAGAAUGACAGAAGGCGAGCAACUUCCCAGCCCAGUGGCGUUAUCAUAAAGAACGGGCCCCUGCAGAAUGGACCCAGGUUCCCCUCCAGGACCACCAGCCUGCCCUCUGAAAUUCAGUGGCUCCAGCCAGCUUCACGUCUACCGAGCAAUGAAGGAGACGUUGGCAAUGGCUCAGCGGGAGGUCCUACUGCAGGCCUGUCCCAGAGGUGGGCUUGCAGUGUUGGUCCUGCGGCUUGCCUCAGCGGGACGCUGUAGGUAUGGGGUGGGGGCGGGUCUUCCUUAACCAGGGCCUACUUGUCGCCUUGUGGGUGAGGAGGAGGCCUGCAUCCUUGCAGAUGGUGCUAGGUCGUGACCAUCACGGCGGGAGUGGGCACGUCUUCAGGAACACCCCGCAAACCUAACAGCAGGGGCCCUCGGAGGCAGGCGGGCCCAGACAGGGUAGCGCCAGGACUCCAGGGUCAGGCAGAAAGUGCUAGAGCCGGGAAUCCUUGCACAGCAGGCGGGGGGACUGUGUCCUUCUGGGGUCACACUCGCCAAGCCCACCCGGCCUACUGUUUCCACGUCCCCGCAGAGAGAAGGGCCAGGCCCACCCUCCUCAAGUCCCUUGGGCCCAUCGGGCUUACCAAGUCAGGGGCAGGGUUGGCCCCAUGAAACCUCAAACCUUAGCUUUGCAGGUUGCUGUGAAGAAGGCUAUGUCCUUCCAGUUCAGGGACUCAAGCCAGCAAGGGCACCUCUCACUGAAGGUCAGGCAGGCUGAGGCCAGGAGCUCUCCAGCAGCAGCUCCAAAGCCACAGUGGGAGUGUGGGUCAAAGACCACCGUCCCAGGGACGGGCAGGCGAAGGGCGCCUACCCCUGCAGGCCUUCCCUCCUCCCUUUCCCUCCACCCAGCCCGUCUGCUCCCUGUUCCCUGCAGAAGGCAGCUUACCCCCGCACCUCAGCCCCUGCAUUAGCAACCCCCGCCCCCGGGAGGGAGUGAAGACACAUACCUCUUUAAAGACAUACACUAGAUUUCUCUAAGGUCUCCAGAUGCACUGUUAGAAAUAAAGGCACGGCGUGAACGGAGUCUCAUCUUCUCCAGACGCAAUAAAUAAGAAAUAUUUAUCCACUAUCAGGGUUCCUUAUGUUCCCUCUGAAGUGAAAAUAUGUAAAUAGUUCUUGUCCCGCAGAGGAGCAGGGGUUGGGAAACCCUCGUGCUUCUGGGCCAAGGGACGGUUCCAGGGAAGUACCUGCUCUCGCCUGUGUGACUCAUGCUCUGUGGGCACCGAACACGAGGGUGGAAAUGAAAACUGGAACUUCCUGGUAAAUUUGAACUUGGCAAUAAAAGCGAAAAAGUUACCAAGAA